AUGGAGGCCGCGCCCGGGACCCCCCCGCUGCCGCCAUCAGAGUCGCCGCCGCCGCCAUCGCCACCACCGCCAUCAACGCCUUCGCCUCCUCUGUGUUCCCCCGACGCCUGCCUGGCUACCCCGCACCUCCUCCACCGCCUCCCGCUCCCUGACGACAGGGAAGAUGGUGAGUUGGAAGAAGGCGAGCUGGAAGAUGACGGGGCCGAGGAGACUCAGGACACCUCUGGGGGCCCCGAGAGGAGCCGGAAGGAGAAGGGGGAGAAGCACCACAGCGACUCGGAUGAGGAGAAGUCUCACCGGAGGCUGAAGCGGAAGCGCAAGAAAGAGCGGGAGAAGGAGAAGAGGAGGUCCAAGAAGAGGAGGAAAUCCAAGCAUAAACGCCACGCUUCCUCCAGUGAUGACUUCUCAGACUUCUCGGACGACUCGGACUUCAGCCCCAGCGAGAAGGGGCACCGCAAAUACCGAGAGUACAGCCCCCCCUACGCGCCGUCCCACCAGCAGUACCCUCCUUCUCAUACAACGCCCCUGCCCAAGAAGUCCUACCCCAAGCUGGACAGCAAAGGCUACGGCAUGUACGACGACUACGAGAACGAGCAGUACGGGGAGUACGAGGGCGACGAGGAGGAGGACCUGGGCAAGGACGACUACGACGACUUCGCCAAAGAGCUGAACCAGUACCGGCGCGCCAAGGAGGGCAGCAGCCGGGGCCGAGGUGAGGCCCGCCGCUUCCGCUGGCCUGCUGGGCUGCACCCCGUGCCCGUGCAGGUCGAGAGGAGCACCGUCGUUCAGGGCUGA